AAGAUGGCGAAAGCGGAGCAGCGCUACGGGCAGCGGGACGGCUCGGACCAGAACUUCGAUUACAUGUUCAAGCUGCUGAUCAUCGGCAACAGCAGCGUGGGCAAGACCUCCUUCCUCUUCCGAUACGCCGACGAUUCCUUCAGCAACUCCUUCGUCAGCACCGUGGGCAUCGACUUCAAGGUCAAGACCGUCUACCGCAACGACAAGAGGAUCAAGCUGCAGAUAUGGGACACGGCCGGCCAGGAGCGUUACCGCACCAUCACGACGGCGUACUACCGAGGCGCCAUGGGCUUCAUUCUCAUGUAUGACAUCACCAACGAGGAGUCCUUCAACGCCGUGCAGGACUGGGCCACGCAGAUCAAGACGUACUCGUGGGACAACGCCCAGGUCAUCAUGGUGGGCAACAAGUGCGACAUGGACGAGGAACGAGUGGUCGCGCCGGAGAAAGGAAAACAUCUAGCGGACCAACUUGGUUUCGAGUACUACGAAGCCAGCGCCAAGGAGAACAUCAACGUACGGCAGGUCUUCGAGCGGCUGGUGGACAUCAUCUGCGUCAAGAUGUCCGAGCGAGUGGACGUGGAGGUGCCGCUCGCCCCCGGGACAAAGACCACCAGGUUGAGCGACAAACCUGCGGGCCAGCUACCUCAAAAGUGCUGCUGA